AACGUUCCCAGUCCAGGAGCAGAAACGUUCCCAGUCCAGGAGCAGAAACGUUCCCAGUCCAGGGGCAGAAACGUUCCCAGUCCAGCGGCAGAAACGUUCCCAGUCCAGCGGCAGAAACGUUCCCAGUCCAGCGGCAGAAACGUUCCCAGUCCAGCGGCAGAAACGUUCCCAGUCUCCCGCCCAGCAUGGACAACACCAAGGUCCAGUCGGAGGGCGGGCUGAACGUCACCCUGACCAUCCGCCUCCUCAUGCACGGAAAAGAAGUGGGGAGUAUAAUCGGCAAGAAAGGAGAAACUGUGAAGAAAAUGCGUGAAGAGAGCGGAGCAAGAAUCAACAUUUCAGAGGGAAACUGUCCAGAGAGGAUCGUCACCAUCACUGGACCUACAGACACCAUUUUCAAGGCUUUCGCCAUGAUUGCCUAUAAGUUUGAGGAGGACAUAAUCAAUUCGAUGAGUAACAGCCCAGCCACCAGCAAGCCGCCCGUCACCCUGAGGCUCGUGGUGCCGGCCAGUCAGUGCGGCUCGCUCAUCGGGAAGGGAGGCUCCAAAAUCAAAGAGAUGAGAGAGUCCACAGGGGCCCAGGUCCAGGUGGCGGGGGACAUGCUGCCCAACUCCACCGAACGCGCCGUGACAAUCUCUGGAACCCCAGAAGCCAUCAUCCAGUGUGUCAAGCAGAUCUGUGUGGUCAUGCUGGAGUCCCCACCAAAAGGUGCCACCAUCCCUUACCGCCCAAAGCCUGCCUCCACGCCCGUCAUCUUUUCAGGUGGCCAGGCCUACACGAUUCAGGGACAGUACGCCAUCCCACACCCAGACCAGUUGACCAAGCUCCACCAGUUGGCUAUGCAGCAAACCCCCUUUACCCCCCUCGGACAGACCACCCCUGCUUUCCCUGGUUUGGAUGCCAGCCCACCAGCCAGCACCCAYGAACUCACCAUUCCUAACGAUCUAAUAGGCUGCAUUAUUGGACGCCAGGGAACCAAAAUAAAUGAGAUUCGACAGAUGUCUGGGGCGCAGAUCAAAAUCGCCAACGCCAUGGAGGGCUCAUCAGAGCGGCAGAUAACCAUCACAGGGACCCCUGCUAACAUCAGCCUGGCUCAGUACCUCAUCAACGCCAGGCUGACGUCUGAAGUCACUGGAAUGGGCUCGCUCUAGUUUCCAUCCUCCGCCGCGCAUCACAUGACCUCUGAGCAAACGGCAUCAAACGCGGUUUAUCGACCUCCGUUUGACCGUUCUGCUGUUUUAGCUCGAURUUGUAAAGGUGUCGCUCUCACCUGAAGCUGUCGUUUGUUUUCCUCUGGACUCUUUUGCCUCCUCCUGUUUUUGUCGCUCUACGUUUCACAAACGUUUGCUCUGACGACCUCUUGCUCAUUUUCUGAUGAUUUUCUGAUGCAACGAGUUGCUUGCAGAAGUUAUUGCCUGUUUGUCUCAGCAGCGGUUUGCAUGACUCAGCAUUUCAGAUUUAUUUUAAAGCCRUGGAAAUGGAARCUGGAGCUGAAAACAUUUGUUAGAUUUUCAAGCCGAUCUUGUUUCCCAUGUGACAAAAAGCUGGGAAAUGAAGGUUUGUCGUGUAAAUGACGGCAGCAGAGAGAGAGUAAGAUUGUAUCCACCUGCAGCCAUUUGUGGUCCUGAUGCUGUAAUUUUACCUGUGUUCACCUGGACCUCUGGGAGACGGCUGCUGCGCUGCGUUUGCAGUGAAAUCUCUGGGGUCUUUUGGCUUCGUUGAGCUCUGAGAAACGAUUUCUUACACAGAUUAUGUUUCUGUUCUGCAUGUUUUUCACUUUGCACCACUUUCUGUUGUGAAGCAUAAAUCAGCUCCCAAAAUGUAAAGUCUCGGUAUUUUGCUGCUUUUGAGCAAAAGCAGAAUGACAAAAUUAUAUUUUCCAAUCAAUGCUGAAUGUAUAGGAGGUUUAUUUUAAAUGCUACGUUUUAACUGUUUUAGGAUAAUGUGGCUUAAAAACAUAUUGGAGAAACUGAUGAGCUUCAUUAUUGAUCUAUAAGGUAAAAUAUUGAUAUCCAUCCAUGGAUCUCCAGCAGUUAUUGGUAUAAACCUUCACAGAACCACAAUCUCACCAAAUCCAGCCUGCAAGCGCCGCCAUUUUGGAACGUUUUGAUGCAUCCUGAACCAAACAAAAGCUUCGCAGAACAGCUAAAAUACAAAGGAGCUAAUUUAGUCUGUAAGUUCUGAUGUUGCAGGACGGCUGCACUCAAAGACUAGAGCUGCUAACACCUGAUUUAAAUUCAGUGGUGGGCACCGCUAGCUAAAACGUUAGCUAUCCAACUAAUCAUAAACAUUAGCAAUGCUAACGCUAACGCACUACAACAACACAGUAUUCGGUGAAAGCUAAUGCUAACGCGCCAACAGAGACAUUUCUCCUGUAUGCUUUUGUUUAAAAUAAAUUUAGUAAGGGGGGGAGAGAAAAUGUGACAAACCUGCUGCGCAAACUUCAAAAUAAA